AUGCGGCUGCUGAAUGCCAAGGUCGGAAGCAUUCCGGUUCUUCAGUGGGCACGCAACAAAGGAUACCGAUGGGAUGAAGAAACCUGCACUGCUGCUGCCAGACUUGGUCAUUUAGAGGCUUUGAAAUGGCUUCAUGCCAAUGGCAGUCCCUGGGAUGGUUGGACCAGCACAGCUGCGGUUGAAGGAGGGCACUUGGAACUACUGAAAUGGCUGAAAAACAACCACUGCCCAAUGCAUUCGCAGAGAGUAUGUAACUUUGCAGCCAAGCAUGGCCAAUUGGAGGUGCUGAAAUGGGCCAGAGAACAAGGCUACAAAUGGGAUGCAAGUACAUGUACAUGUGCAGAAGCUGCUGGAGAAGGAAAUCUGGAGACGUUGACAUGGGCCAGGAACAAUGGAUAUCCUUGGGAUGAUUGCACUUGCUUUGAUGCUGCUUUGAAUGGGCAUCUGGAGGUGUUGGAAUGGGCAAUGAACCAUGGCUGUCCUUGGUUUGAUGGAAUUUGCAUUCGUGCUAUUGAUGCAGCAAAUUUUGAAGUGGUGAAAUGGCUUCUAGAAAUGGGUGCCCACGAGAUGAGAUAA